AUGCACCACGGCCGGGAGCGCGUGAGUGAGGAGGGAGCGAGGAGAGGGGGGGGGGGGGGGGGGGAGGAGGCGCGUGUACCGGAACCGGAAGUCAACUCACAACUGUCCACGUCAACACAGCGAGCAGCAGCAGCACCCUCAGCCCCGGCCAUGGACUCCACGUCUCCGGAGCCCUCUCUCUACACAGUGAAGGCCCUCUUCAUCCUGGAUAACGACGGAAACAGACUGCUGUCCAAGUACUACGACCUGGAGCUGUACCCGUCCAUGAAGGAGCAGAAGAACUUUGAGAAGAAUGUUUUCAACAAGACGCACAAAGCAGACAAUGAGAUAGCGUUCCUGGAAGGUCUGACCAUUGUGUACAAAAGCAGCAUUGACCUGUUCUUCUUUGUGGUCGGCAGCGCUCAGGAGAACGAGCUGAUGCUGAUGUCGGUCCUCAACUGUUUGUUCGACUCCAUCAGUCAGAUCCUCAGGAAAAACGUGGAGCGGCGCUGUCUGCUGGACAAUAUGGACGGAGUGUUUCUGGUGGUGGACGAGAUCAUCGACGGAGGGGUGAUCCUGGAGUGUGAUCCACAACAAGUUCUACAGAAGGUUAACUACAGAGCGGACGAGGGCUCGUUAUCAGAGCAGAGCGUUACACAGCACAUAACAGAGAAGUUGGCGCUCACCUCUAACGUUUUGCAGUCGGCAAAGGAGCAGAUAAAGUGGUCCAUCCUGAAGUGA